UUCACAGUCAAGAAGAUAACAACAACAGAAAGAGAACCAAGAAGAAACCGAAGAAAAGGAGACAACAUGUUACAGGUAAGUUAGCAAACACGAAUUCGCUCUGACGAAGGGCUAACGCUCGAAACGUCAGCUUCUAAAUUCUCUUUACGUUAUGAACUUAGUUUUCUGAAUUACCCCGUUAUACUCUCCAACCAACGCGGCACCACAGUUUCUGUAGAAAUUUACCCCUUUAAACACAAAUUGGGCAUACUCAGAAGUUUGUACCUUAACUUAAUAAGUUCCAACAUAUUUGCUCUUUUUUACCUUGAUUAGUUUGUACUCUUGGAGAAGGAAUACUGAAUGUGAUCUCAUGAUAGAAAGUUGUUUAUCGGCUAUGAUGAACUGAAAACCUUCAGUAGAGACACCUUUCUGCAAGUAGAGACACUAACAGUAAAUUUCAAGCUUCGGACAAACUAAAAAUUGAGCAGUCGUUGCAAAUCCAUCGGAAUCAAUUUCAUUUUGUCUUGUGUACAAAGAAAACCCCUUAUAUUUGCAUUCUAUUUUUGGUUUUAGCAACCAACCCUCAUUAGGGACCAUUUGGCCCUCAUUUUGCUGUUGCUUUGUGCAUCGACAACCUUAAUAUCAACUACAGAUUCCACCGCUAACAAAGUAAGUACUUGGAAUUUAUUUUACAAAACGGGCUAACAGCCCUCUAAUCAUGGUUAUUUCCGUACGCGAUAAAGUGUGCAAAAAUGUUCCAUUAGUCAACACGAUGUUGUGCAAGUACUACGAGAGACAUAAUAAUUUAUACUGAUAUUUCCAUCACUGCAUAUCUCAGGUUGUUGAUUAUGACGUCCAAUUCAAAGAGUCUGGAACUCAGUACACCGAGAAAAUCCAGGUGGACACAAAUAAACAAACUGAAUUGUUUAAAGUUCCUGCUCAUAAUGACGUGGAUGGAAGCAAUAUAUUGCACGACUUCAAGGCGGUAAGUUUGUCUCUUACGUAGAGUAGAAGACACAGUUGUCGUAAAACAAAAAAGAAGAACAAAAAAGGACAAAAGAAUGAGGAAGACAAUGGAAACGAUUGGCUCAUAGGCUGUGUUCUAUCGCGAAGUGUACUAUGACGUGUCCUCUACACGUCAUCAUUCUGUGACGGUUCGUGUAUCCUGCUAAUAAAUAGUUCAAGAAAAGUAAAACGAAUUUGGUCAGUUGUUAUGAAGUUCCCGUUGGAACAACAUAUGUAUCAUAAAAACGCUAUUUUGCAAACACAACUUUAACGGCGGAACCGGAACAAAGGACAUCCACGCCUAAAUGCUGCAUAAAGUAUUUCCGCUUUCAAUGAUUGAAACUCACUUUGUUCUCGUCUGCAUUAAACACAGAAUAUGAGUAUGCUGAUGUUACCAGACAAAAAGAUCUGCUAUCUUCUUCCUCUUUCCCGCGAGUUGCCUUCGCCAAAGAGGCUCGAAAAUGACCUUGACCACGCCGAGGUAAGGAUACGUAAGCUACUUUAUGAGCACUCACUGUUGCAUAUUUUGGAAUCUGUUGGGUUAUUUUUUUACGGACCAUUCAAUGAAAAACCAGUUAUCCUUAUCGGAAAUGGUUCCCUUAAAAGUAAACGAUAAAGAAGAUAUAUAUCUAGAAACAUAUGUUUCUAAAGCUAGCUUAAAGAAUGUGAGUUUCCACAGGGCUUGAAGCCUCAGGUCUUCCAAUUCCUUUGCUGUAUGCUCUAUUUUAUAUCGCCAACGUAGAUAGCGUCGGCAGAUUUUAUGUGAAGCUCGGCUGUAAGAAGACUGACUAUAGUAACGUUAACUGAUCGCAUGAGGGAAAUAACCUUUGUCUGACAGAAAAACUCUAGUGAUGAGACUACCACCAUUGACGCCAAGUGGGCUGUGGACAGUGAGAUAACCAAUCGAUCCAGUCUGAGCGAAGAGUUAAAAAACUUCUGUCCAGACUACCCGAUAUAUCGAGUCCACACCAUGGAGAACGCAUCUGAAUCCGAAGAGACUGAAGCAGAUGGUAAGAGGUGUAGUUAAAAACGACGCAAUUGUACUAACCAUGUACUAACUCUCUCAGCUGCCCCAUUCUGCGUAAGUCAAAUACUGCCCCCCAUCCUCCCUUCCCAAAAACUCCACUCCUUAAUUUGAGCCACAAGUUUCCCGUUAUGAAGAACCCUUUUUCAUACUCUGUAGAUUAAGCCCCAAAUACAAUGCAUAGCGAGCCGAAGUAUCGCUUUUCUCCUCAAAUAUCAAAAUUUAUGAGAUGUGAUACGAAAUGCUCAUAAACACUUUCCUAUACAAAAACUAUCGAAGUCCCUCCAUGAUUUAAAACGAUGAUAAAAUAAUCCUAAACGCCAUUUCCCUUUUCAACAGGAGCAAAACCUCGAAGUCGCCGAUGGGUGUACUCACCAAUUUACUACUCCAGAGUGUGUCCAGGUGGAAAAGGCUAUUUGAGCUACUCCGACAGGUCUUGUUGCAGAAGAGUUGGAGGAUAUUGGCAGUUGCGUUAUAGGGUUUACUCUCAUACAUGCUAUUCUGUCCGCUAUUGUUACAGGUGGUGGUGGUUCCGGUAUACCUGCCGAACACGGCACUACGUAAACUACGUGUAUUGUUACGAAUAUAAAUGUAGGGUCUACUAAAACUCCACGAGGAAAUCUGGCUCUUUUUACGUUAAUAAACCAUUGAAAAUUAGGAAGCCAAUGUUAGAGAUCUAGUCGUAGACCUGACCUCCUGUUAUGGAUCAAGUUAAGAAUUGGUUCUAUUCAGACAAUGCUCAAGUUAGAACUUAUCGAAAUAAAAGCUAAAUUUUUUAGGUGAGAGAUAGCAUUGCUUUGUCGGCAAUUUGGUCUUUAAAUAGUAACUUUACAUUAUGUAAUUAUUGAUGGUUGGAGCAAUAAGCUUCAGAAUGUUUGAGUCAAAAGGUAGAAACAUUGAAACAAAUGCAUGUACUUCGUGAAAUGAGGUUAAAUAAAGUAAACAAAUAAGUAAAUAUCGUGUGUGUUGACUUUGUUCAGGAUAUUUCAUGGAUAUUUUGAUUUUGUACUUUACAGAUAUGAAAUAUAACAAUAUGCACGUCCGAGAAAUGCUGCUGGAUCGCCCCAUUUUUAAGAAAUAAAUAUUUUCUCUCUGAAUAUUUAUUUUGAAGGCAAUAAAUCAAGACCCCAUAUUCUGAAUUUACGAUCGCAAAAAAAUCAGCGAUUCAUUCAAAGCAACUCAAAGACAAUAAACCUUUUUUUGGCGCAAAUAUAUUUUUCCGGGGACAUUAUUUGUUCCGAGAUGCGGAAACUGUAAGCUUUGAGGAAAAGUAUUUGAUGGAUUUGAUGGAAGGUUAUCCACCAUCAUAAAUUAUUGCUGGGGUAGAAUACUAAGCAUGUACAACGACUGUCCCUCAGGAGAUUUCGAAAUAACUCGAAAAACGUUUGUUGUCGCUCCCUCAUAAAGUAGUUACCUUACUUUCAGCGAGUUGGAAAACUUGACUGUUAAAUUUAACGUGUUAAUUGUGUCUCUGAAAGCUGGAGUUUAUUAAUGUGCGAGACUAGCCAAUGAGAUUUACUUCCUUUAAUGGAGUUGUUUAUCUGAAAUAAUUAUCGAAUGCGUAAUUAGUGAAAGGUUAUAUGCUUCUGUUGCCAUUUAAUUUCAAAAAAUUAUAUAUAAUAUAGUGGUUUGGUUCUAUUUUAUUACAUUUAUUAUUUAUUCCAUUCUCAAAUACAAAUGAUAACAAAAGAAAAAUAAAUGAAAGAAGAUGUUAUUCAGUGAAUGACGCAGGUAUGCUCGGAUAAAAAGAACUCCGACUGCUCUCAAUAGGAGUCAGUACAAGAAGCAUCUAGUCGCAUCCCUGUUGUCCCAAGUAUCUGCAAUACAUGACCAAAUCUAGUAUUAAUUCCGUUUUCUCUGUGGCAAAUGAAAAAAGCUUACUCAUCCUUGUUUUUAUUUCACUACUCACAGCCCCUGUGGCAUGCUGAUUUUUAAACUUGUUCGGAAACUUUCUAUGUAGCUAUGCUUUAUAAGUAAUGCUGUUUCAAUUCUCAGCGUAUAUGUAGAUGCUGUUAAUAAACCAUGAAAAAUUAGGAAGCCAUUUUUACAGAUCUAACGAUAACAAGGUUCUAAUAUAUAGAUUUAGGCAAGCCUAAAAGCGGAGUUCGAAUUUUUUUUUCCCGCACGUCUCUUCAACUAAACUAAAGCCCCUACUACGGAUAAAGUGCGUGGUAAUAUUUAUGGAGUUUCAUUCGCAACUUCUCCGUGUCCGUGUGGAGGACUGAUUAUAAGAUAGUGCCCGUGGUACAGUUGGCCGCGCAUGCUAAAAGUAGCACCUUGUACGCUUGGUCAUUCGGUCGUACGGUCGUACAUCCAAAUUUUUUCGGCUUGAUGGGUUACUACCAUUUUGUAUAAUUAUGGGGCUACACUCUGCGAGCUCCACUAUGACAACAAAAUAGGUAAAUUGGUAAAUUUCGUAUGUUGACUUUGUUCAAAGAUAUUUUGGUUUCGUAUAAAAAAAAUAUGCAUAUUUAUGAUUCCCUCCAAAUCGAUGACUUUUCAGCUUUGACCUAUGCUUAAAAUGUUUAAAGAAAGCAAAAAACUAACGUUCCAAUCGAAUAUAUGAACAUCCUAAAAGUGUUCACGGUACUCCCCCAACAAAAGAAUGAACGAGAAAAUUCUAAAAGAGCCCGAGAAGCUAACGAAACAAACCAAUGAAAGUGAAUCCUAAAAGUGUGUGAGAUACUGAGGUAACAAUAACCGAUCAAAUAGCAAUUCUAUAUGAAAAGUAAUUCACAUUUGAUGUAGGCAAAGCUCCAAGAAAGACCGGUUUGACAAAUGAAAACGUUUCAUUUCCACGCAACAUAUAUUUCUAAAACCAAAAUGAAAAAAAAAAAAAUCAACAACCAUGAGAUGUGGGCUUAUUUACUCAGGACAUUUGGUAACAAGGAAGCAUAUGACUGGCAUCGUAUGUUUUGUUUUGCAACUGAUCGUUAUCACCAAGAAGUUUUUACUGUAUCCUUGCAUCAUUUGUUGAACAUGAAAAAAAGUUUGGCGCGUGGACAUUUUUCUCCAUAAGAUGGUGUUUUCUGAUGAAUUCGCUUCGUGAGCGAAACUCGAGUUAUGUCUGAUAUAACAACUAAACAACGCAACGAGUUGCUCUAGCUGCUUAAAUUUAUGGAAAUUUGAAUACCCGUAAUCAAGAGUAGAACUGAGAAUGCUACAAUAUCUGAAUUUGAUAGACUCAUUUGCACGAUGUAAAACUCCCAGUAUUGAGCUUUUAAAACUUAAUCAUGUCAUCAUAUCAUGUACAUAUAAACAUUGUAUCACGCUAUCAUGCAUAGUAGUUUCCCGUCAACCUCAACCUCAGUCAGUUCUGUUCUGUUCAAAUACCUAACUGUAAAUUAGACUAUUGGGAGACGCUAUUUAAAAAAGCUAUUUUAAAACACUCUCGAACAGUGGAGGUAAACGCGAUAAACCACAAACGCUAACGUUGUUUUCCUUCAAAUUUAGCUGCCACCUCCUGAGAGGAGUUCUUACAAGAGACUCCAAAGUAGUUCAUGGUACAAGAAGUUUGGAAUUUUGAUUUCACAGAGAUUUGUCUUGAUUUAUCCUUCCUUCUCUACUUUUGCUCAGUAAUCCCUCAAAUGAAGAAAAAACAUUUUUAAUGUGUCGCGUUUUAUAAGAAAAAGUGGAAAUUAUAUGAUUCUACUUUAUUUCAAACCAGCACGUGCUCCUCUUGUCUCUGGGUGACGGAGUGAUGCACCUUUUUUCCUCCAUAAAAACAUUUGCACACCUUGCGUGCCUACAUGUCAUGCACGAUCAAUUUGAAAUCAAAUGUCAUCAAACAUCCAUAUGUUUCAGCGAACAGUCAACAUGUUGACCAUCAGCUUCCUGCCGGAUGUCUUAGACAUGGGACUUACCUUGCCUUCAGCGAUAAUGGAAGCUGGACCUCAUAGCUUUUUGGCGGCACAUUACUUCACAAUAAUAUUCAUUGUUUUUUAUCUUUGGUUUAUUACAACUGUGUGACGGAAUGAGGAUAUAUUAGAUCUCUUGCACCUUCACUGAAGGAAGCUAUAGGUAUUGUUAAAACAUCCAUUGCUGUUAUACAGUAUUUCUGCUUUGUUUUCUUGUCUAAUGCUUACAUUAUUCUCAUGUUAUUGAUGUUUUAGCUGACACGUACCUUCAAUUACAAGACUUCCGUCUAAGCCCUUCCUUGUUUGAUACAUGAUCACAAACAUUCCUGAGGGUACUGACAUUUUUCAAACAUCCAACCCAGGUGGUUUGAAAUGGGCUUGAUUUGUGAAACUUGGGUGUUGACGAACUGACUUUGACGAUGAAUGUUUAUUGACUGCUAAGACUCAGGAGUUAAAGCCUGAAAUCUUCCAUACAUCAUGUGUUGGCAAUGAUUAAGGCAUCGAUUAAGGCACUUAAUAUGUAGAUGAAUAAACAUCGCAUGGAGAGAUAUGUGUGCACUUUGCAUAAAACCAUGGGUGCAAAAAAUACACACACCAGAUAGUCUUUCAAGAAGUAAACGAAAAUUUUCAUAAUUUGAAGACCGCAUCAUGAAAUUUCAGCAACAUUUCAAAACUGAGAGUAGACUAUCGUCAACGAUAAAUUCCAUCCAGAGUCUCCAUGCACUUAGGUGGGUAUAGAUAUUAAAACAAGACUGUUAUUUUAUCGGAUUCUCAGUGCUAAGUAAGAGUUAGCUCGUAAAGUUAGAAAUGUGAAACGCCACGCGGUGCAUGCAUAGUAUCAACUUUGAGACAAGACACCUGUUAAUAACAACGUAAAGUAAUUAGUGUGACAAUAUCAAAACACGGAAAUACAGCACAGACCUCUUGCUGGUAUGCAAUGUGUCAAUGUUUUAAACAGUUUCAGUGCAUUCAUUAUGCAGUUCUGGGAAUGCAAUCUUCGUUGUUAAUUGUUGAAAGGUAGUUUGUUCAAAAAAAAAGGGCUUAAACAAACACAUCAGAAAAAAGACUAAGUUUGGGUUCGAGACCGGCCAACCGUUAAAACUGAAAAUGAGCUAAAAAUAGUUGUGGACGUCUUAAUAUAUUUCAAGAGGUACGAGUUGAAAAUACAAUCUAAAAAUAAAUAAUCAAUUUCCUUGUAAAAAAUUAAUCGUAACCAGAGGUGCGAUUUUGCUGAAGCUGUGAAGCAACCCUCAAAAAAUAGUUAUAAAAUACUGAACUCAAAUUCCGCAGUAAAGCAGCAAGUCUUUAUGACUACAUAUGCAAGUAUCGGUUUAAACCGCAAACCACAGCUGGGAAAACUAUACUGUUUAUAUAAUUUGAAGACUUAAGAUACUUUUACGUAAAGUGCAACAAAUAGCUAAUUUCACUACACAUUACUGGCAUUCCCACGCGUGAUGAGGAUCUGGGGUUCCAAGAAAGUUAGAAUAACCACAGAGUACAAAGUGUAACUCUCGCUGAAACGGCAAAAUCUAUAAACAAUGUAUAUGCAUGGCACUGAGAACAGCAUAAAAGGGAGCAAAGCCCAGCUUAGCUUCAGUGUACAUCAGCUCCAGUUAAAAACAGACGAACAUUAGGAGAGACAAGUCAGAAACGCAACAAAGUGGAACAUAGAGGACAAGAAUCAUGCUUGAUGUAAGUAAGCAAAAAGGGCCGGGAGAUUGUCAGGUCAUAUUUCAAACACUCCACCUCCGUACUACAGGAAUAUAUCAAGAGUUUUCAGAAACCUAUUCUUAAUUUGACCUGUUCGGGGUAUACGUUCAGGCUUCCCUGAAUGAUAUUGAAAAAAGAUUUUCUGCUUCACUUUUGGAAAAUGUCCGGAAAAAAAGGCAUUAACAGUAUACCCCACGUUAGUUUCUCAAUUUAAGGCUUUCAGUACAAACAGAGUAACAUUUGAACUGACUAGGGGCAAAAAUUUUACAAAGCGCCUCACCAUAUUGACAAGAAGUGCUAUCAAAAAUUAAUCUCCGCCCUUCUUCUCGUUUUUUCCUCAGAUUAAGAAAAACAUUAUUUACAUAUCCUUUUCUUUGUUUCCUUAUGUUGUAGCAACCAACCCUCGUUAGCAGACAUUUGGCGGUUGUGUUUCUUCUGCUUAUUGCCACCGCAAAUUUGACAUCUGCGAGUCCUGUUCGUUCUAUACAAUCUCCUUCUAGGAAGGUAAAUUAUCUUCUUCUGAGUCGAAUAGACGGUGACAGAAGGUCUAGAAGUAGUAGUAGUAGUAGUAGUAUUAGUAGCAGUAGUAGUAGUACACUUUGUAGUUAACGAGGGUAACAUUUGACAGUGAUUAAAAUGAUGAAGUCGUGGCCUUCGCAUGGUCUGGCAAGAUUGCUUCACAUAUGCGACGAAGAGCAUACCCGUGUCUUUUUCUCUCUUUCCAUUACCUAUAACCUUCUUUUCAGCAGGCAGAGGUUUCGACGAUUACUAAAUUAUUUAAUUUCCAGUAAAUUUUAACACAAUUUCUUCCGCACUCAAACGGAGUUGUAGCGAAUAAUCCUUGCCUACUUGCAAUGCAAGCAGCUCAGACACUUAUGGUCCUUAUGCAAAAACCAAGUCGUGAAUUUGUAUAAUAAAAAGCCCAGUCAAUACUCCAAUUAGCCCCCAGGGUCCUCGUUAAACGAUCUGAGUCAAGAGGCGGCUUCUAUUUCGAAGAGGGCUUUUGUUUCUUCUUUGAAAGUUUUUGGUUCACUUUUGAACUGGUCUUAUUCCAACACCAACUGCAAAAUUGAACUCAAUGCAAAACUUGAAUGUAUCUUUUCAUUAGAAAGAGUAAUUCUCUGUCCGUAAGGUACGUUGUAAUCAUACUUCCUGUUUUCAUAAAGUUCCGGUAAUUCUUAAGUUAAUUUGCAACCUAAGCUAUGCCGCUGACCUCACUGACCAAAAGUUCCUAUUCACUCACAGAGAUAUUUUUUCGAAAAAAGAUAACUAGUGCGCCUCAAAAUAUCUUUUAAGGCUGCACACUUCGUUAAAAAUGUAUGUACUGCACUAUACCGAUCUCAGUAACUCGGCAAUCAACUGUAAUCAAUACAUUUUUUUGAGGAUAGGGGGGUUAGCUUAAAAUUUUAAACUGAAGCGAGUGCAGUGCACAGGCGAUGCGUGCUAACGUUGCAAACUGUACGGCCAAUAUUAUGCACAUUUAGAAAAAAAGUGAACUAUAAACAAGACACUUUGUAUAUUUACGGUAUCACAGGUUGUGGAUUACAAAGUUCAUAUCAACGAAUCUGGGGCACAGUACGACGAGACAAUCAAAGUGGACACCGAGAAGCAAACUGAACUUUUUAAAGUUCCUGCCCAUAAUAACGUGGACCAAAGCAAUAUUUUGUACGACUUCAAGGCGGUAAGUCUGUCAAAGGUUAUUGUGAAUUUUUAAGGGUGUAUUGAAUCUGAGUAAAUACACGAGGUUUCAUUAAAUCCCCAGUCAAAUUUGGACAACCCGUUGAAAGCUCGAGGUAGAAAGUCUUGGCAAACACAUUGUAAGCUAAGCUAAAACAAUCUUAUGGCAAUACAGUGACUUGUUAAACCCUUUAACUCCCAAGACCGCAUAAGUAAUUCUCCUAACUGCCUGCCAAAUGAUUCUUACCAUGUUAGUUUGGAGAAUUUGGUAUCGGAUCGAUUAGUUAUCCCAUAAUUGAUAUUUUCUUUAUCCUUAUCACUUGUCUGCAUGAUAUUGUAUAGAUAAAGUAAGGAUAAAUUCUGUCUUGGUCACUCACGGGAGUUAAAGGGUUAAAGAUUUUAAAGAUCCCCGUAUGAGGGUCGAACGGAGCGGCGGGCCAGAAAGAAGAAAGGACGAAAGAGAAAGAGUAGCAAUGUACUCGGCCCCUAGGUCAUGACCUCGUGCCGAUUAUUUUUUUACGUCACUUUUAAUCAGUCAACAAGUUAUUGUUAUCGUAUGCGUAUGAUUAAGUCGUCAUCAUUUAAUUAUUCCUUGUGUUAACAAGAGUAACUGAAACUAAAAAUGAUCAGUCCCCACCACCAGAAUGGAAAUGUCCAUUCUGCCUAACGAUUUAUACUUCAGUGUAACUUUGAGACAAAGGACUAAGUGGCAUGUGACUUCCUACAACUAAGUAUCUUUUCUCGUGAAAACAGAAUAUGAGCAUGCUGAUGUUACCCGGUAAAAAGAUCUGUUAUUAUAUGCCACUGUCAGCAGAGAUACCUACGCCAACAAAACUCGGAAGAGAUCUUGAUCAGACCAAGGUGAGGACACGUUCCCUUUUGAACAAAUUCAUACACCGGUGUAAUUUCAAACUCGCAAUCUUCAGAUUAUUCGAUCACAAUCUUCCUUUCAGCUCUCUUAAAGGGUAUGGCACUCACCGUCUUCAUUUAUUAUGACGGAAUGCCGAUAACUGAUUGGUUCUUCACUACUGGUUCUUUGCGACCCUCGUUACGGUUGCUACCCUUAGGAUAAACUUCAUAAUGCAUUUCCGAGAAUUGGUUGGGUACUCUUUACUAUUUGUCCCUUUAGCAAAAAAAUUCAGAGAAUUGGAAUUCACGGAAAAUACAAAUACUGUUAAAAAUUUUCCCCUCCUGGCUAGCAGUGCUAGGAAUCCACAGCAUUCAAGAGUCUUUUAUGAUUCCUUUGUUAUGCCAUUUUACGAAAUAUGAGUUACAGAACGCCACAAUGGCCUUCACGCGGUAAAAGGUUUCUCACCGCUUUGAAUCUACUUAAAUAUAUCAUCUCAUUGCAGGGGAUGGUCGACGACAGGACGAAAACGAUUGAUAGCAAAUGGACAGUGGAUAAUGAGAUUACCGAUCGGUCUGUGCUGAGCGAGGAGUUGGCAAACUUUUGUUCAGAAUACCCCAUAUACCAGGUCAAAUUCUUGGACGACUCCGAGACUUCUACUACGAUUCAUACAAAAGGUAAGAUAAGCAUUAUUAAGUUACAUAUGGGAUUUUCGCUGAACAAACAUUUUGACAGUGAAAGUCUGCCAAUAGCAGCCUCCAAAAUUGAAUUUCAUUAUUCGAAACUAAUUUAACAAAGGAUAAAACCGACUGUGGCAAGAAUAUCGAAGACAGAAAGCUAGAAAGUACUUUUUAAACCAUCCAGCUUAAAAGAAGACAAAUUUUGCAAAGAUUUAUAUCAAACUUCUUCUCUGUAAUUAAGUGAAUACUUAUACAGUUACGAUUUUCGGAUUUUCCGUGCAAGUAAUUGUGGCCAGGAAUUCACUGAAGUAUUCCUCCAAUAUAUCUCAUCAUUUUUAAAUAAUAAAAAAGCUUCUCAACUAAUGAUAAUACGACCAAACUAAUCCUACAUCGGAGAAAGAUGUUUUUCGUCUUGUCACGCGCGUGGAGCAAAGAAAAAAUUAUGAGUUCUCAAGAGGGACUAAAAUUUUUUUUUGUCCCACGCUCCUGACAAGACAAAAAACAUCAUUCUCUAUUUCUUUACCAAGCUCAAAAACUUUAUUUCAUUUAAUCCUACAUUGUUGCUUUUUCACUUUUCAACAGGAACAAAACAUCGCACUCGUCGCAGUUCAGAAUUUCCUCCCAUUGGUGUCUCUGUUUUGUGCCCUGGUGGAAAAAGCAUCGUUACUGACGGGGACGUAAGUUGGUGCAGUGACAUCCAGGGAUGCUGGAGACAAGUAUACAAAGUUCAUUCCUAUUCAUGCUUUCAGACCAUACGUUGCUUCUCAUGGGGCUGUGUUUACCUUCACUUCACGCAAGAAGUGUAUUGUUUGGAAUAUCAGUGUAAAGAAGACACUUCUCAUCAUAUUGAUAAUACAACUGCCUGA